UCCAUUUGUUCCAGCAACAUUUUCAAACACCCCUCCUCCCUCUUAUUCCACCAAACCCUAGAACAAACAAACCACAGUGAUCCCCUCGCUCUCGAUUCCCAUGCAAAUUCUCCCAAACUAGCCUCAGAGCCAUGGUCGGAAAAACCAUGUCCAUGGCGGCAACUUCGCGCGAAAAGCUCGCAAGUCUCCUGAACGCAGCCAAGUUGGCCAGUGACAUCCCAUCCAAGCUCGAAUCCCUGCGCCAACUGCGCCAUGAACUUCCACCCGAAGACCCCGUCCUCCUCACUGAGUUCCUCCCCUCACUCUUCUUCUUCCACUCAGAUCCCUUUGGCCCUGUUCGCAAAUUUGUCACCGAGAUGCUUGGUGAGAUUGGAUUGAAGAAUACCGAGUUUUUGUCUGACAUUGUGCCUGUCCUAAUUGAGGUACUGAAUGACGACACACCGGCUGUGGUUCGGCAAGCUCUUCUGUGUGGAAUUGAGUUAUUUCGUGGCACACUUGAGAAAAUUGUGGUUCAGGGUCUUUACUCUAGUGAUUUAGAUGGUGCACUCGAAUCUGCAUGGGAAUGGAUGCUUAAAUUCAAAGAAAAAGUAUACUCAAUAGCUUUUCAACAUGGAAGUGGUGGUGCUAAGCUCCUGGCACUGAAAUUUGUUGAGGCAGUUGUUCGUCUUUACACUCCUGAUCCUAGUGGUUCCUCAGAGCCUACUUCUCAUCAAGGAAAGCCUGUAGAAUUUAAUAUAUCAUGGCUGAGGCGUGGUCAUCCAGUACUUAAUAUUGGAGAUUUGAAAAUUGAAGCUAGCCAUAGUGUGGGUCUCUUGCUUGAUCAACUCAGAUUUUCAAAUGUGAAGUCCCUUAGUAACUCAGUUAUCAUUGUGCUGAUUAAAAGUCUUUCAGCUAUUGCAAAUGAAAGGCCUGCAUUCUAUGGCCGCAUCUUGCCAGUUUUGCUUAGUUUGCAACCUUCCAGCACUGUUGUUAAUGGGUUCUGUGUAUCAGCUGCACAUCUUGCUUUGAAGAAUGCCUUUCUUACUUGCUCGAAAUGUACACAUCCAAGUGCUGCUCCGUGGAGAGAUCGUUUGGCAGGGGCCUUGAAGGAAAUACAGUCAGAAGGAAAGGCAGAUCGGGUGUUCCACCUAAUCUCAUCUAGCAAUGGAAGCAUUGAGAGAGAGAAGGAUGAUCAACCUGUUAUCAAGGAAGAGGAACCUGCAAUAAAUUCUGAUGAUUCAGUACACAGUAAUUUGGCAAGAAAACGAUCUGGAUCACAAAUUGAAGGUGAUUUAGCUGAAGAUGUUCCUGGAAAACGUGUCAGGGCAACAAUUGAUGCUUUGGAAGAACCUAAGAAAGAGUUGGAUGAACGUACCAUUUCCAACUCUCAGGAUGAGACUCCUUCAAAUGUACCAGCAUCUUCAAAAGGAGAUAUGGAUAAUGGGCCCGUACGGCAGCUUGUUGCCACAUUUGGUGCUUUGAUUGCUCAAGGUGAAAAAGCUGUUGGGCAUCUUGAGAUUCUCAUCUCAAGUAUUUCUGCCGACUUGCUAGCUGAGGUGGUGAUGGCAAAUAUGCAAAACUUACCUCCAAAAUUCCCUAAUACUGAAGGAAAUGAACAGCUGCAAGACAUUAAUAUGAUUGGUUCUGAUGACAAGGCUAAAUAUCCACCAUCAUUUGUAGCCGCUGUUAUGUCACUUUCUAGUACUUUUCCACCAAUAGCUUCCCUUCUUGAUGCACAACAAUCAGUUUCAAAUGAGAUUGAGAAGUCACAAGGGGAGGAAGAAAUUUCUGCAACUGCUGUCAAUAGUGGUGCUGUUCACUCUGGCAUGAAUCUUGUAUCUGAAAAUGUACCAUCUCCUACUGAUUUUCCAACUUCUGAUGCUAGUAUACCUGGAGUGGAGAAUGGCUGUACAACUAUGCCUCCUGACAUCCAUGAUGUUGGAAACUCAGAGAGCGGAAUUCCUGGCCUGGAUUCUUUUGGUCGGAGUGAUGCCUUAUCACAAAGUUUUGAUCCUUCUUUAUUGGCUUCCACUGAAGUGGGCCUAGAAGAUGGCAGCCAAGAGCAAGAUACAAGUUUGGAUCUGAGGUCACCCCUGAACUUAGCUCCAUCAGUAUCAACAGAUAGAUCUGAGGAGCUGAGCCCAAAAGCGGCUGUUAGAGAUGUCAAUAGCAUGGUGUCGUCAACAGCUACUUCAGUUGUGUUGCCUUCCCGUUUAAUCUUGCCAAAGAUGAUUGCUCCUGUUGUUGAACUUGAAGAUGAACAAAAGGAUCAUUUGCAAAAAUCAUGUUUUAUGCGUAUUAUUGAUGCAUAUAAGCAAAUAGCUGCAGCUGGAGGUUCCAAAGUCCGUUUUUCAAUCCUUGCUUAUUUAGGAGUUGAGUUUCCCUUGGAAUUAGACCCAUGGCAACUAUUACAGAAGCAUAUUUUGAUUGAUUACACUAGUCAUGAGGGACAUGAGUUGACAUUACGUGUCCUCUACAGAUUAUUUGGUGAGGCUGAAGAGGAGCCUGACUUCUUUUCUUCCACUACUGCAGCUUCUGUCUAUGAAAAAUUCCUCCUUACUGUGGCAGAAGCACUUAAAGAUUCCUUUCCACCUUCUGAUAAAUCAUUGAGUAAAUUGCUUGGUGAAUCUCCUUAUUUACCAAAAUCAGUUCUUAAAAUUUUAGAAAACAUGUGUUCUCCCGGAAAUGGGGAUAGAGGUGAAAAGGAAUUACAGUCACUGAAUGCGGAUAGAGUUACUCAAGGUCUAAGUGCUGUAUGGAGUUUGAUUCUUCUUAGGCCUCCGAUCCGAAAUACUUGCUUACAAAUUGCUUUACAGAGUGCAGUGCAUCAUAUGGAAGAAGUGCGUAUGAAGGCGAUACGUCUGGUAGCAAAUAAGCUUUAUCCUUUGUCAUCCAUUUCUCAGCAAAUAGAAGAUUUUGCAAAGGAAAUGCUUUUCUCAGUUACGAGUAGUGAUGUUUCAGAAUUAACAGAUGCUGAAGGGUCCAUUGCUGAUUCACAAAAGGGACCUGAUGUUGAAAAGGUUUCAAACGAACAAUCAUCAUUGAGUGGCAGCACUAAAGAUGUUUCGGAUAAUCGUCAAUCAUGCACAUCUGAGAGUGUCUCACCAGAUUCAGUUUCUGAGGCUCAGAGGUGCAUGUCAUUGUAUUUUGCUUUGUGUACAAAGAAACAUUCUCUCUUUCGCCAAAUAUUUGUCAUCUAUAGAAGCACAUCAAAGGCAGUGAAGCAGGCAGUACAUCGACAAAUCCCAAUACUCGUACGCACUAUGGGCUCAUCUCUUGAUCUCCUUGAAACUAUUUCAGAUCCUCCAAACGGAAGCGAGAAUCUUCUAAUGCAGGUGUUGCAUACACUUACAGAUGGUACGGUCCCUUCUAAGGAUUUAAUAAGCACCGUGAAAAGGUUGCAUGAUUCAAAACUCAAGGACGCAGAAGUUCUUAUUCCUGUAUUACCAUUCCUAUCAAAUGAAGAGGUGAUACCGAUUUUUCCUCACAUUGUGAAUCUUCCUUUGGAGAAGUUCCAAACAGCACUUGGUCGCGUAUUACAGGGAUCAUCACAAUCUGGUCCGGUGCUUUCUCCGGCUGAAGUUUUAAUUGCAAUUCAUGGAAUUGAUCCUGAAAGGGAUGGAAUUCCCUUAAAAAAGGUGACAGAUGCGUGCAAUGCUUGUUUUGAGCAGCGACAAACUUUUACGCAGGAAGUUAUUGCCAGAGUUUUGAAUCAGUUGGUUGAGCAGAUUCCUCCUCCUUUACUAUUCAUGCGUACAGUGUUACAAGCAAUUGGUGCUUUUCCAUCACUGGGGGACUUUAUCAUGGGGAUUCUUUCUCGCCUUGUGACGAAGCAGAUAUGGAAAUAUCCGAAGUUGUGGGUGGGAUUCUUGAAGUGUGUGCAGCUGACGAAACCACAGUCUUUUAGCGUUUUGCUUCAGCUGCCUCCAGCACAAUUGGAGAAUGCAUUAAAUAGAAUUUCAGCCUUGAAGGCACCAUUGAUUGCACAUGCUAGCCAGCAAGAUAUACAAUCCAAACUUCCGAGGGCUGUGCUGGUUGUUCUUGGACUUGCAUCCGAUUCUCAGGUUUCAAGUCAAGCACAAACUACUCAAACACAAACUUCUCAGACACAGACUACUCAGACACAAACUAGUCAGACACAGACUACUCAGACACAAACUAGUCAAACACAGACUACUCAGACACAAACAAGUCAAACACAAACUAGUCAAACACAGACUGGUGAGACAAGCAACUCAGACAAGGACACAGUGACAGAGAAAUCUAAAGAAUCAUCUACCGCGAGCUAAAAUGUAAGCAACCACAUGAUGAUGUGGUGGAAUUUUCUAUUCAACUGCGAUUCUCAGGUUGAAUUAGUCUAGACCUUACCGAGACUAACCGCACUCAGCUCUGUCCGGCACUGGAAUGAAGAGCCAAUACUGAUAAUUCAACACAUUCAGAUAGCUAAAUAGUUGGGCUAUGUGCUCAGGGUUUUUGGGCACUCAUCUGUACCUUGGCAUUAGGCAACAACCUUAGCGUGUACAUGUAUAGAUGGAAUAAUGUGUAUUGGAAUGGAAUGGGUUCCUAUUUUGGCCCCAAAUUUUUUUUUUAUUUUUUUUUUCUGUUUUACAUAAUGUGUUCCUAUUAAAAUGUGUAUAUACACAUGUUGAUUUUCCCCAGUGGAUGCUUUUUUAGCGUUUGUCUUGUGCAUCUGUAUCUCUGGUUACGACGAGGAUCAGAGCAUCUUUACACAUACACUACCUUUUUAGAUUUGCUUUUGAAAUUGUGUUCAGUUACAUUGAUCUCUAAUUUAUUUGCA